AUGUCUUUGUGGUGUGAUCGAUAUCGACCAAAAUCUUUCAAAGAGUUGGAUUACAAUGUAAAGCAGGCGGAUCAGUUGCAAAGAAUGGUCAAAGAGGGCGAUUUCCCGCACCUCCUGGUUUGGGGAACGAACGGAGCUGGAAAGAAAACGCGGAUAAAUUGCAUCCUUCGGGAGUUAUACGGAUCUGGCGUUGACAAAUUGCGUCUUGAGCGGCAUGAGUACACCACUCCGUCAAACAAGAAAGUAGAGAUUCAUGCUUGUGCAAGCAAUUAUCACAUCGAGAUUUGCCCUGCCGACGCUGGAGUACAUGAUCGAAUCGUCAUUCAAGAGCUAGUCAAAACGAUCGCCGGCGGUCAAACUCUGAACGCAGAUAAGCAGAAGCAAUUCAAAGUAAUUGUUAUCACCGAAGCGAAUCGCCUUACAAAGGACGCUCAACAUGGACUCCGUCGAACGAUGGAAAAAUACAUGUCAACAUGUAGGAUGAUUCUUUUGUCCGAGUCCACAUCAAAGCUGAUCCCUGCUUUGCGCUCAAGAUGUCUUGGAAUACGAGUACAAGCGCCAUCGAAUGAGGAAGUGAAGCAAUGCCUGAUUCAAGCAUGUGAAAACGAGCGUUUUGAGAUGUCUAAUGAUCAGUUAGAUCGAAUCGUCAAAUUGGCUGAUAGAAACUUACGAAAGGCACUUCUUCUCGGUGAGGUUUGCAAAGUGAAAGGAAUCACAAACGGCAACCCGCCCCCUUAUGACUGGGAAGAGUUCUUGGAGAAGACGGGGAAAAUGAUCCUCGCGAACCAGUCCCCUUCGCAGAUUCUAGCCGUUCGGACAAAUCUUUAUGAACUGAUUGUUCGACUCAUCCCCGCGCACAUUAUCUUCCAAGUAGACAGCUUAUCUCCUUUCGUAACCCCUAAAAAUCCUCAGAAACUUUUCCUGCAGCUUCAAAGAUCCUGCCCAGAUAUUCAAAUGAAGACCAAGCUCGCGAAGGCCGCUGCAGAAUUCGAGCACCGCUGCAAUCUUGGGUCCAAGCCCAUUUAUCAUCUUGAAGCCUUCGUUGCUCGAUUCAUGGCCGACUACAAGUCGUUCAUGGAUGAGUUCAUCGACGACAUGGAUGAGGACGAAUUUUAA